CUUGACACUGGUGUGGAAAAGAUGGCUGCUUCGGCGGCAACGGCGAGUUCUUCCCCCGGUUUGUGUCCAAAUUACGCCGUGAUUUGCUCCUUCCUCGAGCGGUACGGAGCGUUGCUGGACUUACCGGAGCUCACUUUUCCUCAGCUGGAGAGAUAUUUGCAGGACACAUCCUCAGUCCCGAAGUUGCUGGUUGAUCUUCACGUCAAGUUGCUGAGGAAGAUCGGCAAGUCGGUGUCAGCAGACCGAUGGGAGAAAUAUCUAGUCAAGGUAUGCCAAGAGUUCAAUACAACAUGGGCCUGGGAACUCGAACAGAAAGGGUACAAGGAGAUGACGAUGGAGUGCAAGACGGGGAUACUUAAAUAUUUGUGUGAGUGUCAGUUUGAUGAAAAUGUAAAAUUCAAAACCGCCAUCAAUGAGGAGGACCCAGAUAAAAUGCGGCUGCAGCCGAUUGGCCGGGACAAAGACGGCCAGAUGUACUGGUUUCAACUGGACCAAGACGACAAUGUACGAGUUUAUGUGGAGGAGCAGGACGACUUGGACGGGUCAUCGUGGAAGUGCAUUGUCAGGGAUAGAAACGACUUGGCGGAGGUUGUGGCUCUGCUGAAGACACAAAUUGACCCUGAGCUGUUGAAAAAGGAAGAGCAGAAACAGGAAACCAAACCUGACAGUGAAGAGGAUGAAGAGAAAACAGAAAAAGGUAAAGUUAAAAAGACUGACAUUUCCUCAGAUGAAGACAACAAAGACUCCAACAAGGCCUCCUGCCCCGUCUCACCAAAGACAGAGAACAGUGAGAAAGCAACAGAGAAAGAAAACUUGAAACCAGAAGCUCCUGAGGACAAAUCAUCCCUGAACGGCAUCAUUGAAGGCAAAGCCGAAGCAGAGCUCCAUUCAGAAAGUAUCAGUACAAAAGCCCAGAACAUCAAAGAAGAGCCGAUGGAGGUGUCAGACACUAAAACAAGUACAGCAGCGAGUGAACCCGUCUCUGAAACGCCAUCAGUGAGGGCAGAAAAAGGAGCGGAGCCCAAGAGGAACAGUGCCGAGGAGAUCCAGCAGGCUCUGAAGAACGACCAGCAGGCCAAGAUCCCUUUGAAAAAAAGAGGGAUGAAAUUUAGUGAAGACUUUGAAAAAAACAGUGGUAUUAUAGUUCAAAAUCCCUCCGUCUCUCAGGUCAAGGAUGCUCCUAAAGCUGACGGGACUCCUGACCUAACAAAGAAAACACCGAGUGUAAACGAUCAUGUUAAUGGCGAAAUCAAGCCCUCGUCAGAGAAAGAUCUUCAGAGUCAUUUAAGCGAGUCGCUGAAAGACGCCAACGCUGACAAAGAAAAGAUGACUGAACCAGCCGUCGAAGUGACGGAAAAUGACUCGCCAUCCAAAGACAACGAGGAUGUGAAAGAUAAAAAAGACGAAGCUUCAAGCGAUAAGAAGAUCACAGAGGUCGUCGUGUUACACCAAGACGACUCAGAUAAGAAAAACCAAGCCAUGCAGGUAGAAAAGGAAAGCACUGCAGCAGAAACAGAAAAGAAAGAAGCUCACGAGUCUCCACCGCUACCAAAAGCAGAGUCACCACCUUCACCUAAAGAUGUAAAUAAUGCACUGGAGAAGUCUUCUAAUCAUGAAAAGCCUGAAGAGAUGAAAGAGAAACCAGCCGACACAGAGGAGUCUUGUACUGUGGACAAGACAACCACAUUAAAGGAAUCUGAUAAAACGUUAACAGCUGAUGAGUCAGAGAAGCUAAAUUUAAAUCAUGAAGUCACAUCCAAAGAAGCCGAAUCAAAGGAUUCAGGGGAAAAACCAGCCUGUGUGGACAUAGAUACAUCAGAGUCGGGUCAGACUGAGGAAACUAAGAGGACAGAAGAUGUGUCAGACAUGAAGAAAAAAGAAGUGAGCGAUAAAGACGCUGAAGAAACGGCAACAUCCGAGCCUAAUGUAGAGAAAUCAAAUGACUUGGCAGCGAAAGAGAAGCUGGGAGUCAUUAAAACAGCAGAGACGGAGUCUGCUGGCAAAGAUCCCCCAAAGAAAUCUGAUGAUUCUGAAACCGCUGUAUCACCAUCUGUCAUUAAAAAGGCAGAAACAGUAAAAGAUGGAGUCGAUCCAGAGAAACAUGAAGUCAAACAAAGUUCUGCCGUCAUUAAAGAAACAGACAAACCAUCAGAGGCUGAGAAAUCAGAGGAGACGUCGGACAUUAAAGAGCGUGUGGAGUCUGCUGAUAUCAAAAAGGUUGAUAAAUCAGAACCAUGUAAACCUACAGAGAAGGAUGACAACAUAAAAGACACAGAGAAGACUCCAGAGAAAGCCCCAGAAAAGCCUGAGGAUGUAAAGAAAGCUGUCAACUGUGAAGACAGUACGAUACACGAUGCCACCAAGAUAAGCGACUCCACGUCAGGGCCCAUGGAGGUAGAGGCAGCGGCCGUUAAACAGGAUCUGACAAAGCCGCAAGAGGAUGACAAAACCGAGAUGAACUCUGUUGUACAUAAGACGACAGAGAAAGCAACUGAGGGGAAAGAUAAGCCAUCCAGUCCGGCUGAGAAGACUAAAGAAGAGACUGAUAAGAAGCCUGACAAAGAAGAGGAAAAGGUGGUGGAAGAACAGCCCGAACAAAUCGAGAAAGAGCGUCCGUCGUCAGAAACUCAAAAGGAUGCUGACAAGGGAAGUGAGAAAGAUACAGACAAAGAGAAACUUACAAACGACAGUGAGAAACACUCGAGUCAAGACGAAGAAAGUAAAGCGGAUUCUACAAAUGAUAAACCCUCAAAAACUGAUAAAGCAAAGAAAGAGAAAGAUGCUCUUAAAGAGAGCGAAACAUCAACUAAAACAGAGAAAUCUGGGCACCAAAACGCAAGCAAAGACGCUGAUGCCGAAUCCUUGACUGAAACUGAAAAGCCGGGCGAACCAAGCAAAGAGUCGUCCGCUGAUAAACCCACUGAUGAGGGAAGUAAAAGCAAAAGUGAAGAAGAGGACUCAGCAACAAAGAAAGAGGUGGCAAACGGCGGCGAAGCCCCAACGGAAGUUCAAGAAAAGGGCGUUCGUCGGAAGAUGAAGCCCCCAGCCCACCGAAGGAAAGCUGAACUUCAGAGAGAGGAGCGACAGGGGGACUCGGAGUCCGAUACGAACACGGGGAGGUCUCUUCGGAGAUCGCCAAGGAUUUCUAGGCCAACGCCAAAGGCGGUGGAGAUCCAGGACAGGAAGAUGGAGAAAUCGCAGGCUGCUCCACCGGCUGAGAAACGUGAGGAGAACAAGGCGGAGAAAGGAAAAGACGAGGAAGAAGAGGAGGAGGAGGAAGAGGAGGUGAAGGCUGUUCAGAAGAAACCAAGAGAGAAAAAGGCCGAUCAGGAGGGUCAGCCCAAAUCCAAGGGGAGAAAGCGACGGAAGGUUCGAUGGUCCAACACUCGAACGCGCCGUAAAAAGAAAGGCUCUGAAGACGAGGACGACAACAGCGACGAGGAGUCCAGUGACGAGGAGGAGAGUGAGGAGGAGGACGACAGCGACGAAGACUACAAGGUCGAGCGGAGCAGAAAGAGGCGGAACCGGAACCGAGAGAGGCGAAGCUCGGACUCCUCGACAUCCUCAGACGACGACCUACCUCCAAAUGACGACCCCUGCAAACACUGCGGUCUUCCAAAUCACCCUGAGCUGAUCUUGCUGUGUGAUUCCUGCGACAGCGGCUACCACACAGCCUGUCUGAGGCCUCCCCUCAUGAUCAUCCCAGACGGAGAAUGGUUCUGCCCACCCUGUCAGCACAAGCAGCUCUGUGACAAACUAGAAGAGCAGCUCCAAAACCUCGACGCUGCUUUAAAAAAGAAGGAACGGGCUGAGAGGAGGAAAGAGCGUCUUAUUUAUGUUGGAAUCAGCGUUGAAAACAUCAUCGCGCCCUCAGUGGAGGUGGAGGAAGAAAAGCCAGAGAUCAUCAUAAAGGAGAAGAAAGAACCAAAGAGAAGUAAGAGCUGUGGUCGAAGGUCAACGAGGGCGAAGAAAACCAUCAGCUACAGAUUUGAUGAAUUUGAUGAGGCGAUUGAAGAAGCCAUUGAGGAAGACAUUAAAGAAGCAGAGGGUGGAGGAGCUGGUCGGGGGAAAGACAUGGCCAACAUCACCGGCCACAGAGGAAAGGAUAUGUCCACCAUCCUUCAAGCCGAGGAGGGUAAGGAGAACGGCCGCCCACCACGACCCAGCGCUGGUCAGCGCAAGAAAAAACGCCGGCGACUCAACGACCUGGACAGCGACAGCACGGUGGACGAGGAGGAGAGCGAGGAGGAGUUUCGCCUCAGUGAAAGCUCAGAGGAGGAGUUCGUCGUGUCAGACAAUGACUCGGAGGGCGAGACGGAGGCGGACUCCAACGACAGCGACUUUGGCAGCAACAGCAGCGGGAAGCAUCGCGCUUCCUCACGGAGCAGGAAUCCACCGAGGCGGCGGCGGAGCUCCCGAAAGCGGCGGAGACCGAGAGGGUACUCAGACGAUGAAGAGGACGAGUCGGAUGAGGAGGAUGAAGAAGAUGAGAUAGUGACUGAAGGCUCCAGUGAGUUCAGCGACAGUGAUCUUGAUAUGAGUCGACGGCGGUCUCGGCGGAGCCAGAAGAAACAGGUGAACUACUGUGAGACGUCGGAGUCUGAAGGGUCUCAGGCGGAAACCAACCGGGCGAAAAUGAAACCCAGACGACGCCAGGACAGCUCGGACAGCGACGCGAGUUUCUCCAGAGACUCCGAGGAGGAGUCAAGAGAACCGAGGGUAAAGAGGAGAGCUGACUCCUCAGAGGAGGACUCGCGGCAACGACGCCGACGUCUUGCGCUGAAACGCAGGAGAGCGUCCGAAGACGACGACUCGGACGACGACUCUGACGAAUCGUCAGAGGAGGACCGCCCCGUCCGUAAACGGGUGAACCGCAUCGACUCGGACGACGACGAGGAGGAGGAACCGGAGGAGAAACCAAAGGAGAAGAAAGCGGAGGAGGAGUCAAAGGGAACAAAUCCAUUGGACUGUAAUCUGGUGGAGCUGCCACCUACAAACGGACAGAGCCCGAUAAAGACCCUCGAGGGAUUCAUCGGCCGGCCUCCUGCCGCCACCGCCGCCACUGCUCCAGGCCUCAUCUCACAUCUGGAGCCACCCAAAAACAUCAGCGCCACACCAGCCGCCGUCAUCGCUCCAAACGGUCUGGUCGGCCAGGAGAUGGCGGCACAGGACGAUGACGAAGACGACCUGUUAGGAGUUACAGACCUAGUGGACUACGUCUGCAAUAACGAACAAUUGUAAAGAAGAAAAAAAAACAAAAUGGUGUACUGUUUCAUUUUUUGUGGUAUUGUAUUUUUAUAUUGCUUAACUUUAUUAUUCCCUCCCCCACCAACACUUCCUUGUCAUCCUUUUUACUUGUGUCAUCUGGAGUUUGAUCUCUGCCGACAGUAAGAACUGGAUCUCCGUCACCAGUCUAACGCUGUCCCUGUGGGGAUCGUACAGUAACGAAUAAGGGCACCAACUUAUCAAGUCUCUUUCGUUUGGUAAUGAUCACCCACGUCAUCCAGCUCCACUGCCAAACCAUCCCCUUCCUCUAAAAAAAGUGUCACUCAUCAUUUCUCCUGUCACAUUGUCCUGUUUUUUAUUUCUUUUAUUCAAUAUUUGUUCUCAGUUACUCAUCUACAUGUAGGGAAAUCUGGCACUGAAAUAGUAUGUUAUGUAGAAAAUAGUUGAAGUUUUUUUUUGUUAACGCUAAAAGACUGGGACUUAACAUUUUUUGGGAGUAAAGCAAAGCAUUCCACAAUUGACGUGAAGUUCUGGGCAUCAAAAAUGAACCUUGACUUUACAUUUUAUCCCUCAAAGGUUUGACAUUUUGAUGAAUAUGGUUCUUGGCUCUCUGAGACUGAUACUGCUUCUCAUGUCCAUCUGUUAAAUAUGAAGCUACAUCCAGCUGUGGGUUAGAUUAGCUUAGCCUAGCCUAGCUCAAAGAGUAAUUUUACUUUCAUUUAGGUACAAGGGAGCAACUUUCACAGCCAUCGCAGGAGCAAAUAGAGAACCAGUCGGCUUGUCUGGCUACUGUGGCUACGACUUGCUAUGCUAACAGUAGCUAAUCAGUAAACUAAUAACCGUUAGCUAGCUUCACUGAUUAGCCCAGUAGCGCUGGACUGUGCCACAGUCAGUGGUGGUUUAAGGAAAUAUUGGGGCAGCUACUUUUGAAAGAUGCAAGACCAGAAAAUUACAAAAUGUUACAAUUCACUAUUUUUUCUCACCUUCAAUACAGGUGUACACACGCCUGUUGUCCUCAACCUGCUGCUAUGCUAGCUAUUUGAUCUGCUGAGCAAACCUAGUUUUACCGUGUUUAUCAAAAUGACUUUUAUGUAGAGGAAUCUUCUCAGCUUCAGGUCAUGAAACCCUGAUCUUAACUUUGAGCAAAAAGCUGCUUCUUUGACAAGCUAGCUUAGCAUUUAGCGAUUUGUCCUUGUGAACCACUUUACUUUAAAUGCACAAUUAUUUUUAGCAGCUGAUUGUUUUUUAACAGUAUUUUGUGGCUGUUUAGUGCUGAGACGUUUUAUCUUAAGGUUGCCUUCAAAAGUCAGACUUAAAAAAUUAUGCUGUUUCUUUAAGAAAAAUACAAAAUUAUGGUGACUACCAACUAAUAACAAGAACACUACUUGGAAUUAGCCUCACUUGGGGUCAAAUAUGUGCCAUCUGCUUAUAUUUUGUUUGUGUUCCCACACUUUGGGAACUUGAUAUUGUGAUUGUGAGGCUAAUGCUGCAUUCACAAUGUGGGCAAAAUAAGAUUAUGGAGUUUAAAACACCAGUUACUGCGACUCGGUAGAAUUCACGCAUUAGCCCAAGGUGGUUAGCAUUAAUGCUAACCACCUAAAUUAGCCAAAAUUAUAUGAUUUUAGCCAAUUUAAAAAAUAAAUCAUAUAAAAUAAAAUUUUAGUGUGCUGCAUUUUAAGUAAUUUCCAGUCAGGUGUCUUAAACAAAACUUAAACCAACUAACCUCCUUUUGUUUAUGUUUUGCCGCACUAACACACAGUAAAAUCACUUCACACCAUAACUGCGUUGGUUGUUGUCAGUCUUAACUAAUGAACUGUACUGAUAGCAGAUCUUCAGGAAGGUUUUAAAAAUUGUUGUGAUACAGUUUUCUAAUAUUUUUGGCUAUAAUUCUAAGGUGUUAUAUCUCAUUUGUUUAAUCCAUACAAGUAUAAAAAUGUCAGUUAACAGUCAAAUCACUCUCCGUUAGACAUCAAAUUAUCAUUUCUAUGCUUGUGUUUUUAUACAGAUUUAAGAAGUGAGCAUGUUAAUACAGGCUUUACAUGUGUCUUUAGGCGACUGUAGCUUCAUAUUUAACAGGCAGAUAAUAUCUAAGUUAAUUCUCAAAAUGUCAAACUUUUGCUUUAAACUAUUCUGGCUUCUUUUCCUUUAAUUUGCAAAAGCGUUAGAUGAUAUUAUUUAUUAAUCGUUUUUUGUGGGUGGAGAGGACGGGAUGAUCAGGUCCACGUGGAUCACAUUUUUGAUAAGCUAACCUCUCACACACACACACAUCCCCAGCUUGGUCAUGUAUCUGUGUGUGUGCUGGUUGUUGUAGACGGAAAACAAACACGUAAUUCCCAGUUUCUUACCCUGGAUAUUAAAGCGUUAUACAUAUAUAUUCAACCCCUUGUAUCAUAUGAAGGUGUGAAUGUAUAUAUGUGACCAACCAGUCGACCAGCGUUUGUUUCUCCGCCCUCCCCUUGUACUUUUCUGUUGACUGAUAGAGUAGCUUUUGUAUAUUGUAUACAUAUAUAUAAUUAUUUUAACUCUGUGUGCUGCCAUCAGUAUCAGUGGUGAGCUCCCAGUUUGUUUGAGGAAACAAAAUUGGGAGUAAAACUCUUGUCCCUCCUAAUCUUGACAUCUAAUCUAGUUUCCUCUUAUAACAUUUAUGUUAACUUCUUUUUUUUUAAAAUAAUGAUGUAAUUUUUUUGUACGUCUUAACAUUUAUCUGUUGUCGUCCCCAUCUGAAAUGUAAAGUGUCUUAUUUUCUUUGUACAUUGUCCUUCAUAGACGGUUCAAAAACCUGCAGACACCUGGCUUUUAUUAACUAAAAUAACACUCAGCUCCAAAACAAACCUCUUUUCUUUUCAUUUUUUAUUUUUAUUCCACUCCCCUGGAUCUUCUUAAAGUACAAAAAUCUACGUUUCUAUCCAAAUCCUCUAUUUUCACAAUCUUGACUCAAUGUUUGGGUCAGGUUGCGGUAAAUCCGCCGACCUUUUACGACCUCAACCCAGGUCAAAAUUGUGAAAAAUAAAUGAAAUCUUUGUGGAAUAAUUAGUUUUAGUUGCGUCAGGAUGCAGUUUUUGGACGGAGGGAAAUGGACAGAAAAAGAAAAAACAAACCAAUGACUUCACUGACCUCUGCUGGAACCAGUCUAUGUGUAUAUCUGUAGUUUUUGCUGUAAUAUAUUUAGAGGCAUUUUUUUAAUCAUGAAAAAAUAUAUUGGGCAAUUCUUUGGGAUUGCAUGAGUUUCUAAAUAGUUUUCUUUUGUAGGGAACUAAUAUUGGCACAACAUUUUUUGUAACAAAACCAGAAAACUUUGGCAUGUUUUCAGGAUGUCUGUUAUCUCCUGACCUCUUGCAUUUUUAGUGCUGAAGGACUCGUGAAGUAGACGCCGCAGGAUAUCUCAUCAUUCGCAGUAAAACUGCAUAGGGUAAGCAUGCGCUGACCUACUAAAGGCAUGUUACAGACGCUCGGGGAGAUGGGAACUUAUCGUAGAAAAUAAUCUAGAACAGCUGAAUCUGAUUAAAGAAAGGAAAUGUAAAAUAUUUUGUAAAUUAGUCUCAGCAUGGUCUUCACAGAGGAUAAACCACUCUAUUUAUCAUACCGUUUUGAUACCGGCUACGGCCUGAACAUGACUUCCAAGACAAAACCUAUAUGUGCUGCUUGCACCAUAGGCUUCUAUACACAAUAUUUAGCUUUUAGAUUAGUUGGACAGAAUAUAGCAAACCCAAUUCUACAAAUGUAAUAGAAGUGUGUGUUCUGGUGGGUUGAGUCAAGAGUACAGGAAAUGUGGAUGUCUGUGUGCUGUAAAGUAACCCUGUUUUAUAUUCUCCACAGAGAUAAAAGGAGAAUGUAUUAAUAUGUAUCUCACGGUUAUGAAAUAACCAGUAGCAAGACCUGCACAGGAACAGAGAGAAGAGGAGAAAUAAAAGGCUGCGAUGGGGUUUAAGGGAGGAAGUCAGUGCCAAUGACUGAAGUGUUAACAGAGUUUCCUAUUUACCUCAUGAUGAAUCUGGGAGGAAAGACACCCUGUCCACUGUGUAUAGACCCUAGUAGACUGGUUGUUGGUGUUUUGUCUGCUCCUUACAUUUUUGUUAACUUUACUGUUAUUUCUUAUGAAUCUGAUCUUGUACAUUUGUCAUAAUAAAAUGGGUUUUAAGCCUCA